UCUUGAAAGUUUGAACAAGUUCAGAUCUAACAAAGAUAACCAAAUCAAAUUUAAUAAGAAAGAUGAAAUUGAGUCUAAUAAAGAAGUUAAUAAGACUGAAUCUAAUAAUGAGAAUAAAACCAAAUCUAACAAAAAAAAUAAAGAAAUAUUUGAAAUCAAAUAUAAAUAA